AUGAAACUAGCAGUUUUGCCACCACUGCUGCGUUUCAUGGCAUGGAGUAUAGAUGGUGUAAAAUGUCCUGUGACUGAGCCUCUCCCUGUGCCACAUGAGUGGUAUCAGUCAGGUGACCUCUUCAUUGGUGGGAUUACUUCUCAGGUCAUUUACACCCUUCGCACGAGUCAUUUCAAGGAACAUCCUUCGCAACAGUUAUUUGACCUUCCAGAAAUGGUGACCAAGUUCUACCAGCAUGCCCUGGCCUUGGCUUUUGCUGUAGAUGAGAUCAAUGAGAAUCCCCAGAUCCUGCCAAAUGUCACCCUUGGAUUCCAUAUCUCUGACAGCUACUAUGAUGUAAGGAUGACUUACCGGACAACCCUGGACCUGCUCUUCAAAUCACAUGGCUUUGUCCCAAAUUAUAUAUGUGUUACCCAGAAAAAUGUGAUAGCCAUUAUUGGUGGACUUGGUGCUGCUAUCUCCUUCCGUAUGGCAAACAUUUUAGGACUCUACAAGAUUCCACAGCUCACAUAUGGCUCAUUUGCACCCAAGGAGAGAGAUGUGACAGAGUUCCCUUCCUUUUACUGCAUGGUUCCAAAUGAAACCCCUCAGUACAUGGGGAUAAUCAGGUUGCUUCUUCAUUUUGAAUGGACUUGGGUUGGCCUCUUUGCUGCAGAUGAUGACAGUGGAGAAUGUUUCUUGAAAGCCAUGGAGACACUGUUCUCCCAGAACAGAAUUUGUUUAGAAUUUACAGAAAAGAUCCCAAACCAAUGCAAAUGGGACGCCUUGAGUGAUGUGAAUGACUUAAUCUUAAAAGUACACCAGCAUUUCACAUGGGGCAAAGCCAAUACUUUUAUCAUCAGUGGAGAAGCUAUGACUAUCAUAACGCUGAAUUCUUUAAUGUUUUUAGGAGAUCACAAAUAUGAGGAAAAUGUGUUAUAUAGAAAGGUAUGGAUUAUGACAUCCCAAAUUGAUUUCGUAUCAUCCAGCAUUCAAAGAGGGAUGAGUUUCUACCUCUUCCAAGGUGCUCUUUCAUUCACAGUUCACACCAGUGAGCUUCUAGGAUUCAAGAAGUUUCUUCAAAAUAUACACCUUUACUGGGCACAAGGAGAUGGUUUUCUCAAAGACUUCUGGGAGCAAGCAUUUGAUUGCACAUUUUCAGAUUCCCAAGGGCUCAUAGAGAUCAAUGACGCAUGUACUGGGGAGGAGAGACUGGAGAGUCUUUGGGGGCAUAUUUUUGAAAUGCAUAUCUCUGGCCACAGUUAUAGCAUCUAUAAUGCUGUCUAUGCUGUGGCCCAUGCUCUUCAUCCCAUGUACUCACCUAGUUCCAAUCACAGAGCAAAAAGAGAUCAAGAUAUCCAGCCUUGGGAGCUCCAGUCACUCCUUCAAGACAUUUCCUUUAACAAUUCAGCCGGAGAAACCCUGUCUUUUAAUAAGGACAAGGAAAUGGGAGCUGGAUUUGAUAUUAUGAACAUGGUCAUGUUCCCAAACAAGACCUUCCUUCGAGUGAAAGUUGGAAGGGUGGAUGAGGAUGCUCUUGAAGGAACAAGAUUGAUAAUUCAUGAGGAUAUGAUUGUAUGGCACAGGCAUUUUGAGCAGACAGUGCCCAUAUCUGUGUGCAAUGACUUCUGCCGCCCUGGUUCUCAGAAGAAAAAGAAAGAAGGGGAGAAGUUCUGCUGCUAUGAUUGUGUCCCAUGUCCAGAAGGGAAGUUUUCCAACCAGAAUGACAUGGAUGAGUGCUACACGUGUCCAGAAGAUCAGUAUCCAAGCAAGGAUCAAGUUGGAUGCAUCUCUAAAGUUUUAAUGUAUCUGUCUUUUGAGGAACCUUUAGGGAUCAGUUUGGCUUCACUUGCUGUUGCCUUAUCCCUGAUGGCAGCCUUAGUGCUGGGAAUUUUCAUUAAGCACAAAGAUACCCCCAUUGUUAAAGCCAACAACAGGGAUAUCACCUACACUCUCCUCAUCUCCAUCCUGUUCUGCUUCCUCUGCUCUUUUUUAUUUCUUGGACAACCUAUGAAGGUGACCUGUCUCCUUAGACAAGCCACUUUUGGCAUCAUCUUUACAGUGGCAGUUUCUUGUGUCUUGGCCAAAACUAUCACUGUGGUUGUAGCUUUCAUAGCUAUCAAACCAGGGUCCAACAUGAGGAAAUGGGUGGGGAAAAGACUGGCCAGCUCUAUUAUUCUUUCCUGUUCCCUCCUUCAAGCAGCCAUUUGUAUGGUGUGGCUAGGAACCUCUCCCCCUUUCCCAGAUUUUGACACUCAGUCACUCACUGUAGAAAUCAUAGCAGAAUGUAAUGAAGGGUCUGUCACCAUGUUUUACAUUGUCCUAGGCUAUGUAGGACUUCUAUCCAUCUUAAGCUUGAUUGUGGCAUUCCUUGCCAGGAAGUUGCCAGAUAGUUUUAAUGAAGCCAAGUUUAUCACUUUCAGCAUGCUGAUUUUUGGCAGUGUUUGGGUGUCUUUUGUUCCAACCUACCUGAGCACAAAAGGGAAAUAUAUGGUGUCUGUGGAGAUCUUCUCUAUCUUGGCCUCCAGUGCUGGGCUACUGGCAUGUAUAUUUUCCCCCAAGUGCUACAUGAUUGUGCUGAGGCCUGAACUGAACACAAAAGAUCACCUAAUGGGGAAAAACUAA